UAGCAUUUGGAGGAAAUAAAAAAGCGACCGUUAGCAAAUAAUUUUGUACUAAAUUUAUUUGAAAAUAGGAGUAUAGAAAGUUUCUUGAGGCUUCUGGACGACAAAUUCCAUUGCCUUCUUUUAUUUCUCACUUUCAGGAGAGAGACCGACAAGAGAAAUCACGGAGACCCGCCAUAAUCUUUUUGGAAAGAACAAGAGGAAUUGAAACUCCAAUUUUCGUUUCUGUUGUGUGUUCUGAAGUUGAAAUGGAUCCUGAAACUGCCCUAGAGCUUGUAAAGCAUGGUGUGACAGUUCUCCUCCUCGAUGUUCCUCAGUACACCCUCCUUGGAAUUGAUACCCAGAUGUUCUCUGUAGGGCCUUCUUUCAAGGGUAUAAAGAUGAUUCCUCCAGGACCUCAUUUCCUUUAUUACAGCUCAUCGAGCAGAGAUGGCAGAGAGUUUUCACCAAUUACUGGCUUUUUCGUAGACGCUGGUCCCUCUGAGGUUAUUGUUCGGAGGUGGGAUCAGAGGGAGGAGCGCCUGGUAAAAGUAUUAGAAGAAGAGGAGGGGCAAUUUAGGGAAGCAAUUAGAAGAUUGGAGUUUGACAGACAGCUUGGUCCGUAUAAUCUGGGUCAAUAUGGAGAAUGGAAACGUAUGUCUAACCACAUCAACAGUACUACAAUUAAACGACUAGAACCCAUAGGAGGUGACAUUACUGUGGUGUGCGAACCUGGAAUUUCUCAGAGCACUUCCAAGUCAGCAGUAGAGAAAGUUCUGGAUGAUCAGUUAAAGGGUAGUAAGUUUGCAACACCUGUUGAUUCAUCUCAGAGUAGAGGAUGCUAUUAUGCAAAAAUUCCCCAUGUUAUCAAGCAGAGAGGAGUCCAUGGGCAGGAGCUUACUUAUUUAAAUCUCGAUAAGACUUUACUACUAGAAAACCAACUGAAAAAAUAUUUUGGAGGUUCAGAGGACCUACUUCUUGGGGAGCUACAGUUUGCAUUCGUUGUCUUUUUGAUGGGACAAUCACUUGAAGGAUUUCUACAGUGGAAGUCAUUAGUUACCUUGCUUUUUGAGUGCAGAGAAGCUCCUUUUUGCACAAGGAGCCAACUAUUUACAAAGUUCAUUAAGGUUAUCUACCAUCAAUUGAAAUUUGGAUUAGAGAAAGAUCGUUCUAAUGAUAAAGCAGGAUCAUCAUCAAUAUUGUUAGAUGAAUCAUGGUUUUCUGCUGAUAGUUUCUUACAUCAUUUAUGUAAGGAUUUCUUUUCAUUGGUGCUAGAGGCUCCGGUUGUUGAUGGAGAUCUUCUGACAUGGGUAUGUGGGUCAAGACUUAUUUCAUAUACCGCUUAUAAGAUGCAGACAAGAAAACUCAAGGAACUGUUAGAGAACAGACUGGGCUGGAAAUUCCAGAAUAUUGCAAUUGAUGGAAUUUCCUUUGAUGAAGAUGAUGAGUUUGCUCCUGUAGUUGUGAGGAUGGAUGAUUCUUCGUCGUCAUGAGAUUUUGUAAAGUUGAAUGGGAAAUGGGCCUUCAUCCUACAAGUGUAGAAGAGAAUUUGGAUUGGGCUUAAAUGGGAGACCAAAAGCCGAAGCAAAAGCUUAGAGGAAGAUGAAUCCUUUAUAAGUAGAAAAUAAAUGGUUGGAUAAUCUGUUUCUCUGCUUUAUAAAUAGAACUUUUUUUUUCUUUUAGCUUUGUUUUUGUUUAUUUUUUUUAGAUCUUUCGUUCUAAUUGUGUUUUCCAUGUUUAUUCUGUUUAUUCUUUUUAGAGACAGUAAGGGAGAACAAAUUAAUUGUUAAGAGAGAUAAAAGUAAGUACCAUUAACAUAUAUUUUAUGCGGUCAACCUAAAUGAGCUCAACUUAAUUAAUACUUGUGUGUAUUUGAUAACAAAAA